AUGACAACAGUUAUAAAAAAGACUGCUGCUGCUGCAACAAAAACAACAGCAGUUGUAAAACAACCUGCUGCUGUCGUACAACAACAACAACAAAAAAAGAGAAAGCAACAAGGUGACGUUGUUGAAGAAGAAGUAGUAGUAACUAAAAAGACUAUAAAGUUGGAUCCAGUUGAACAUAUUAAACAAUUGGAACAACAAGUAUUGGAAAAGGUUGAAAAUACAAACAAGAUUUUAGAUAUCAUUGCUAUUUGUAAUAAUGAAGAGAAUAAAGAAAAUUUAGAGAUUAUAUUUCAAACUAUUAAAUCAUUGGAAAGAAUCUUUAGAAAUCGAUUAGAUGUAAACAAUAAGGUAUUGUGUCAAGAAUUUAUAAAGUAUCGUAAAUCGGCCUCAUCGAUCAAAGAAAAGUCAAAGGAUGGUUUGGUAGUCUAUGCAAGAUGGUUAAUCAACAUUUACAACAACUAUCUCGAGUUGUUGUCUAGUUUACUUCGUCAUCAAGAUCGUUCCAUUCAACUACCAACCCUCACCAGUUUAUUCCACAUGUUGGUUUUAGAAUCUUCAAUUCUUGAAUUAUCAAUUACAAAUCAAGAUCAAUCAACUAAUACCACAACUACAACAACAAACAAAUCUAAUUCAUCUUCAUCCACUUCAUCUACUACUACUACUACUACUACUACUACUAUUUUGGCAGAAAUUAAAGAUAAUGUUUAUUAUCAAUUAUCAGGAGAAUUUUUAAGAAAUCAAAUACUUGAACCAAUGUUGAUUAAUAGUAAUUUGGAUAAUCAUUUAUUGGAUCAUUUCAAGAGUAGAUUCUUGCCAUACCACGAUGUACUUUAUCAUAUGAUGACUCAAUUGUCUAGUCUGUGUGAUCGUAUGGUUCGUGAGAAAAAGACAUCACAACAACUCCAACACUGUACAAUGGAUAGAUUUGUAGAAAAUGUAUUUGAUUUGUUGGUACUAUUCGAAGUGAUUGAAGAGACACCAGAGGAAUGGAAGAUUCUUGUUGGUGAACCCAUGUCUCACAUGGUCAGCGAUCUCAAAGCAAUGAAAAAGAAAAACAAAAAGAAUCAAGCUCUUCAAUACCCAGAAACACCAGCCUUUAAGAUUAGUAUCACCUAUUGGAUCACUAUUACCAGUCGUGCAUCUUAUAAAUCAUCAUUUGCCAAGGCAUGGAUGUCUUUUCUCGCCCUCCCACUACCAUCAUCCAUCUAUAAACAUGUCCUCCUCGGUCUACCAGAUCAAGUCAUUCCACAUCUAAGUGAUCCUCGCUCCUUGAUGGAUUUCUUUUCAAAAUCUUAUCAUCUUGGUGGUGUUAGUAGUAUUCUUGCUUUAAAUGGUUUAUUUAUUUUAAUUCAUAAAUAUAAUUUGGAAUAUCCAGAAUUCUUUAAAAAACUUUAUUCACUUUUCCAACCAGGAUUAAUUUAUGCCAAAUAUAGAGCAAGAUUUUUUAAAUUGGCAGAAUUGUUUCUUUCAUCUACCUAUUUACCAAAUUAUAUAGUUGCAGCAUUUGUAAAGAGAUGUUCCUAUCUUUGUUUAUUGUCACCUGCCAAUGGAUGUAUGACUUUGUUGCCAUUUAUUUACAAUUUGCUUCAAAGACAUCCAGAAUGUCACAUUUUGGUCAACAAUGUCAUUCAAAAGAGAGAGGAUCCAACUACCAGUACUAUUAGUGGUCUUUUACUAAACAGUGCCAUCAAUGCUGCAAAGUCUACCAAACAAGUCAAAGGUUUCUAUGGAAAGGAUAGUUAUUUGAUCGAUGAAGAAGAUCCAUCAAAAUGUCAAGCUCUCAAAAGUUCACUUUGGGAAAUUCAAUUACUCCGUGAUCAUUAUCAUCCAGAUAUUAGUAAAUUGGCUAAAUUAUUUGAUAAUGGUCUUUCAAAUGCUUUAUCAACUGAAGAUUUUUCAAAUUCUUCUUAUAAAUCGUUAUUUGAUUCAUCAAUUAAAAAGAAAGUACCAAAAGUACCAUUGGCAUAUCAACCAGUAAAACAAUUAAUUAAUGAUUCUGAUGGAUUUAAUUUAUGGAAAUUCUAA